AGAGGUAGCUCGGUAAUCUACGCCGUCGUACGGAGAAUUACAGGAUAUUGACGGAACAAUCGGCAGCUAUUGCGGGACAGUGUUAAGGGUACACUUUGUUCAAUCGGCGGGGAGCUGCGGUUGGCCAUUUCUGGGGAAGAAGAAGAAGAAGGAGUGGCAGCUGGACUGUCAGCAAUGGAAGCCGAGUUUCGGGAAAUCGACGAAAACGGGAGUUGGAACGCCAUCUACCAGGAGAUUCGCCAGCAGUCAUGUGAACUCCCGUGCACAGUUGCCAAAUUGCCUGAAAACAAGAAUCGGAAUCGUUACAGAGAUGUUAGCCCAUUUGACCACAGCAGAAUAUGCCUGCAGCUUGGAACCAAUGACUACAUUAAUGCCAGCCUCAUAACAGUAGAAGAGGCACAGAGGAAAUAUAUCCUCACUCAGGGACCCCUUCCAAAUACAUGUGGCAACUUCUGGGAGAUGGUGUGGGAGCAGAGGACCCACGGCGUCGUGAUGCUGAACCGAGUCAUCGAGAAAGGAUCUGUCAAAUGUGCCCAAUAUUGGCCACAGAGAGAGGAGAGAGCUGCUAUCUUUGAAGAUGCCAAUUAUAAGGUCACCCUUAUUUCAGAAGACAUCAAGUCUUCCUACACAGUCCGUCAGCUGGAGCUGGAAAAUCUGUUGACUGAUGAGACUCGGGAGGUUUUACAUUUUCACUACACCACCUGGCCUGACUUCGGGGUACCAGAGUCUCCUGCCUCCUUCCUCAACUUCCUGUUCAAGGUGCAGAAGUCGGGCUGUCUGAAUUCCGACCAGGGACCAGUGGUGGUGCACUGCAGCGCUGGCAUCGGGCGCUCUGGGACCUUUUGUCUGGUGGACACGUGCCUGUUAUUGAUGGCCAGCCGUAAGGACCCGUCUUCAGUUCGUAUUCGUGACGUGCUGCUGGAGAUGCGACGCUAUCGCAUGGGCUUGAUUCAGACCGCAGAUCAACUUCGAUUCUCCUACCUCGCUGUCAUCGAAGGUGCCAAGUACAUCAAGGGAGAUAUGUCUCUGCAGGAGUCCUUGAAAGAGCUGUCAAACGAGGAAGAUGAUCCUCCAGAGUUCACCCCUCCGCCGCCGCUUCCUCCACCCAGAGACCCUCACAACGGCAAAGUUGAGCCGUCCUUCUUUCCCGAAAACGAUGAGAUCCUCCAACAGAUGGAGAUCCGCAGUCUGGGGUCCUCACAAGAGCCGGAGCUGCGAAAGAGGAACAUUGCUGCCCCCCAGCCUCCUCCUGGUGGCGCUGAUCAGCUCCGUGGCCACAUCGGAACCGCAGAUCACGACUCCAACGCUCCAAUGAAAUCCCAGCAGCAGGAGACGGAGGAGCUGGAGUUGCCCGAGGCAGCGGAGCCGCCCAAGGAAAGCUCCCCUGUGCCGGGGACCUGGUCCCCUCUACUAACCAACGUGUGCCUGUGCACGGCACUGGUCCUCAGUGCGUAUGUCUGUUAUCGAGCCUGUUUCCACUGAUGUCUGUCCCUCCUCCUCCUUUUUGUUGCUCUCUGUCUCUCCACUGAUGUUGCAAAGUGGACGAGGCUGGCCAGCCAGCCCGCUUCGACUUUGGGUUUACUCUACGAGUGAUGGGAUUAUUUGGACUUCAGCAGAUUCAGGUUCACUCGUUUAUUUUACAAAUGCAGUGCGAAGGGGUCGGCUUGUUGGGAAUAACGGGCCGCCAAUCCUCAUCACCCACCCAAACGUUCUUUCCAUAUGUCGUCAUGAAUGCUCAGGGCCUUUUAGUUUUUUCAGGUGUCCCGUCCCAAAAUACGCGCGCCGACUUAAACACAGACUCGACAGGCAAUGUCUGUUGAGGAAAAAAAGGUUUUUAUUUUCACUCCCCAGUUCUGUGAACCAGGAUGAAUGGCCUGCCAGCCCAUUUUACUCGGGUCUCCUCUCUUAUUUACCAAAUGACACUUGUAUGUGUUCUUCCAUUUUAACCUGUACUAAGGCGUCCGUUAGGAUUUCACAUUUAAUUUCCACCUUUUUCUUUAUAUUGUCUCCAGAAAUGAUCAGAAGUCAUAGAGCCAGAUUUUUUGACCAGAAACCUUUUAGUUCGUUUGUUGUGGUUCAAUAUUUAACCCGACAGUAAGGUGAAGGAUGUGACAGGAAGAGGGAAGCAAGCCUGUGCCACUAGAUAAGAGAUGCAUGCUGGGGCGGGCGUUGAAUUAUCCGUCCUCACUGGUGGCCUGUGUAGGUCUGCAGGAGGCAGCAUGCUGAGUGUGUGUGUGUUUGUGUAUGGACAUGUGCGCGAGUGGUCGUUAGUGGAGCUUUCUACUGAUGCUCGAGUUAAAUCUCCUCGGUGAGAAAUAUUAAUAUAACAUUUUUCAGUACGUCAGAUGUGAGAUGUAGACUGAGUUGCCUUCUGCUAGUGGAUUCCCGCUGCGUCUCUUUCUCCCUGGUGGCUCAACAGGGACACAGGAGAGUAUUUCAAACAAACAAAACGGUGCAGGCACAGGGUGGUUUGUCUCUUUCUCCAUUUGCGUGGCAUUCCCAAAGGGCCAGCGGUGGCGAGGUAAUAACACCUGGCUUUUGCCGGUCAGUGUUUUUCAGUCACGGUGGUUUGAAUUGUGUGGAGGCUUUUCAUGCCAGGAGAAUGUAACAAAACCCCAAUGACACCGUUGUAUCUCUACGUGUGUUAAAUUACACACAAGAAUGCCAGCUUAUUGUGACACAAAGUAGCUCACACCCGACUCUUUUCGCCAGCAAUAAAUAAUACUGACUAAUGUGUCACCCCUUUACUUUGUCAAGCUCUUGAGGUUGAAUGGGGAACCAGGGUCUUUUGAACAAACCAAAAAUCAAACACCAGCACAGGGAUGAAAACAAUACACUGUAGCAAUGAACUGUUGUAUCAUGGCGUGGCCCUGAGCUGGCAAUAUUGUUUUGUAUGAUUAACUUUUUUUUAUUUUUAAGCAUGCUGCAUUUGUGAGUCAACAGGUUUGUCCUAAAAAGAGAUUAGCUAAACUGCUAGCAUUCAGUUUACCUUUGUGACUCAACAAAGUGCAGUUGUCUGUCAGUCUGACAGCUGUACUUUUCUUUAGAAUGUAUAAACGUCCUCAACAAGGACACACCCUUACUAGAUAUAUAUAUAUAUAUUUUUCAAAUCAUGUUUCAAUGUUCUGAGUUAUUAUUUUUUUUGUUCUGCUUUAGCAAGGGAUUCAAUCUCGGCACCCGUGCAGCCAUCGCACCAGGUUUUCCUGUUUUUUCUACUUAUGCUGAGCUCAAAAACAUGUAUUUUUUUAUUUACAUUUGUUGUUUUACUUUUUAAAUAAACAAAAACAAAAAACAA